AUGCGUAUCAAAAUCUCCGCCGUGAUCCUGUCAUUGGCACUCGCCACGACCACCGUCCUCGCCGCACCGGCCCCCAUCCAACCUUCCACUCCAGACAUUCUGGCCGCAGCCCCCUCGCACUUGAGUCACCUCCAGAAGCGCAACUUGGUGACUGACAAGUUGAAGGGGCUGUUGCAAAAGGCUCUGACCUCCCUUGAAUGUUCAGCAUGUGUCGCAGCAUUGGUCGGCGUCAAGGAUGUCGCGUACCUGAACAAAAAUUGGGUUUUGGAUGUCGUGAAUGAUCUCUGUCCUUCCCUUGCCAAGGAGCCCGCCGAUGUUUGCGCUGGACUGGUCAACUCGCAGGGUCCAGUCCUCAUCAACUCGCUCCUCAAGGCUGAUCUCACAGGCGGUGAUGGCAAGGAGAUCUGCUUCCAAGUCCUCGGAGUGUGCCCAGCCCCUGCCGUCUCUUCAGGAACCCUCACCUUCCCAAAACCCCGCCCCGCAAACCCCACAAUUCACGCCCCCUCCGGAGUCCUCUCCGACGUCCUCCACCUCUCCGACUGGCACGUCGACGAACAAUACACCCCUAACUCUGAGGCCCAAUGCAACCGCCCCCUCUGCUGCCGUAAAUACCCCGACUCCCCCGCCUCUGGUUCCAACAAUCGCUCGGCCUCCAGCUGGGGAGACUACAACUGCGACUCCCCUGUGAAAUUAGGUCAGGAUCUGUUGAAGUAUGUGCCCACGGUUGCUAAGCCGGCUUUUGCGAUCUUGACGGGUGAUGUGCCGCCGCAUGAUGUUUGGGCAGAAACUCCGAGCACUGUUGUGGGCGAGGAGGCGAAUGCGUAUGGGAUUUUGGCGUCCUUGGGUGCAACCGUGUACCCAACUAUUGGUAACCAUGAGAGUGGACCACCCAACCUGUUCCCCACGACAGCAUCGGGCGGAGACGCUUCAUGGCUCUACAACAGCCUCGCAACCGCCUGGUCGCGCUGGCUCCCCGCAUCUGCAACAAACUCUGUGAAAGCCAACAACGGCGCCUACACCGUCUCGCCCACCCCCGGAUUCCGAAUCAUCUCCCUCAACACCAACUUUUGCUACACCAUGAACUUUUAUCUCUACGCGAAGACAACCGACUACGACCCCAACGGAGAACUCAAAUGGCUCAUCACCCAACUCCAAGCCGCCGAAGAUGCCGGCGAGCGGGUCUGGAUCAUCGGCCAUGUAGGACCGUCACAGACCGAUUGUCUCCAGAACUGGUCCGCCCUCUACUACCAAGUCGUCCAACGCUACUCCCCCCACGUCAUUGCCGAACAGUUCUUUGGUCAUACCCAUUACGACGAAUUCGCACUCUUCUACAAUUCCCCUUCCAAAAAUGCGGCUAGCGCGAUCUCGACGGCUUGGGUUGGACCCUCCGUCACUCCUUACACUAACCUGAACCCCGGCUUCAGAGUCUACAAGGUCGAUACAGGCAAUUGGAACAUUUACGAUGCAGAGACUUAUGUCGCAGACUUGACCCAAGCCUCGACCUGGGACGCCAAGGGUACAACUCCAAACUGGCACCUCGAAUACUCGGCUCGCGCAGCCUACACCCCUUACCUCUCCUCUCCCUCCGCCGCCACACAACCCCUCUCCCCCGCCUGGUGGCACAAUGUCACCGUCGCCUUUGAAUCCAACCCAGCAGCCUUCCAGAAGUACUGGACCUACCGCGGAAAAUCCGCCAACAAGAUGCCCGCCUGUACGAAUGGAUCCGCAUGCCCCAAGGAAAUGAUCUGUGACCUCCGAGCGGGCAAGAGUUCUGAUUCCUGUUCACCCAUUUCUAUCUCGUUGAAGGCAAGGUCUGACCAGCGGGCUGAGGCUAUGGAGGCUAUGGCGGGAGAGGCGAUGAUGGACCCCUCGGGGUUGCGUAGCCUGUACAAGCGUGCUCCUCUCAAGCCCUGGAACAAGAAGUUGUGCGGAACUAUCAACAAGCACUAA